AUGAUUACAUUAAACAAGGAAAUUUAUUUGAUGUAUUUGAGAUUGAAGGAAAUGAAAAAUUCAAAUCUAGCAGCACACGAAUUCAUUACUCUUCUUGAACAGUCACAUCAUACUACUAACGCAGAUAAAUUAUAUUCCUGCACUCGAAAUUCCAAUAUUCAUAUUCAAAGCUUGGAAGAUGUCAUUUCAACACUGAAACCAAUCAAAAAGAACAUGAAACUAGAAUUACUUAAUGGUAUUGUUGUCUUUUUAGAUAGCAAAGCGAAAGAGAUGUCUGAGUCUACAGAGAGGAAGUCUCAGACUUGUUAA